CCAUCGGCCCGCUAGUAUGAAACUCCGCUGGCAAUUUAUUCAUGAGACAUCACCUCCGGUGAGCGGACGAAGCCUUACCAAUAAAGUUCAGCUUCCACCAUAACAAGCGGAUCCAAAUAAAUACUUGUAUUUCACACUCUGUUCCCUUGGAGAGUUUGUCAGAACAAUCUAUAUCAGGAACAUGUCUACUCAACAAGAUCGUGAAGCAUGCCAACAAGUUGUUGACAAGGUUUUUCAAGUACUCAUCGAUGGCAGCAAGCAAGGCUACAUAGGAGAAAACAUUUCACAACUUGCCCAUAGCUUGCAAGCAGCAGCUCAAGCUCAAGAAGCCCAUGCUGAUAGCGAAACCGUCCUUGCCGCUCUUCUACAUGACAUUGGUCAGUUUGCAACCGGUGCUGAACACAAGCAAAUGCUGUGUGAUGCAGAAACAUUGGCAAAUCCCGAUGGCUCUUCUGAAGCAGGCAAGUCAGGUCAAAAACUUAGCGUCGGAGUGAGUGGCCAUGAACGUAUUGGCGCCGAAUACUUGCGACGAUUAGGAUUUUCCGAAAAAAUUGCAUCACUUGUAGAAGCCCAUGUAGCGGUGAAGCGGUAUUUAACUGGCAAGGAUUCAAAGUAUUAUGAUGGCCUGAGCAAUGCUAGCAAGCUUUCUCUGAAAUAUCAGGGUGGGCCUUUCAACCAGCAACAAAUAGAGGAGUUUGAGAAGGAUCCUUUAUAUGAACUGAAGAUUAAAGUUCGCCGUUGGGAUGAUAACGCUAAGAUCGUUGGUUGGGAUGUUCCUGGUCUCGAAGCCUAUCGGCCGAUGGCAAUCGACCAUUUAGUGGAACAGCGACAACGCACAACUACCGCCUCAUAAAGGCACAAAAUAAUAAUUAGAUGCAAAAGCCUGUAGGGCCCAUUUUAUAUGUAUUGAAAGAUGUGAUCAUUGUAGUACUGUUGUAAAUGCCAAAUGUUAUGUUUCCAAGUUCGUACCCAUUUUGCCCUUUUUAAUUUGCGCUAUAACUGGGAUUAGAAUCGUUGGGAUGAAGUUGUUUGGAUAUAUAGAGCGACAAGGGAUAACCAGCAAACAUGAAAACAAUGAUUGCUAAAAUAAUAAAUAUGGUCAUA